AUGGAAAUUUUGGGCGUAACUAAUGUGGAAUUGCGAACAAUAAAUCUAAAGUGGUGCGCAAACGACAGACAGAUUGGGCGAACGAACAAACGACGAGCUGAAAAACCAUUGCAGAUACGCGGCGAUUGCAGUUGGAGCCGGAAAACCAAUUGGAGCUGUGCCCAUCCAUUUUAUGAAAGAUUUUGCGGAAGAAUCUCGGUGCGCGGGCUUACAAAAUCCAAAUCGUGCGAGAACCGAAGCCGAACGACCAAGCGCGUUGCACGUUCGGUGCAUGGGCGCAAAACGAGAUGGCCACCGACCAUGGUUUUCACAGGAAAACCACAAAGCAAUUGCUGAGACGCCGGUGCAUUCUCAAAAAGUCACUGCUGAGCAGAGUGAAUUAUUGAUCCAUAUUUCUUAAAAAAUUAAGCCGGCUAUAAUGUUGCAGUCAAUGAGGAACGCUAUAGAGCUUUUUUCCUGUCCGUUGGUGUCAACGAUUUUUGGUUCCAAAAAGACGGCGGUACAUGCCAUACAGCCGACGAAACAAUCAAUUUAUUGAAGGAAACUUUAAGUGAGCGUAUUAUCUGGCGUAGUGGGCCUGUGAUAUGGGCUAUAAGACCGUGCGAUUUACCGUUGGACUUUUUUUGUGGAGUUAUGUGAAAGCGCUUGCCUACGCAGAUAAACCCGAGGUGCUUAGAACAGGAUUUUCGGCGCUAUAUUGCUGAUAUACUCGUACGGCCCCAAUUGCUGCAAAAUGUGUUCGAAAAUUGGGUUUCUCGGCUGGAAUUUAUGC